UGUUUUAUUUUGGAGCAGACUAUACUACUGCCUUGAGUGGCUUUUGUCUUCAUGUAUAUAAAAGCGAUGGUAAAACUUUCGCUCAUCACAUGGACUUGGGCUACUACUGGAUCGAGUACCAUACAGAAAUCAGUUCAUUCAGCCAGACUUUGAACAAAAACUAGUUUCGAAGAGAUACUUCUAUCUUCGAUUUCUUGUCGCGAAUAUUACAUUUGCACGACCGUUUCAGGUCUUUGAUUUCUUCGACGGUUUUUAGCCUGAUAUAUUUUCAAAGGAUGGAUAUUCUUACGUACUCGGCUUUGGUUCUUUGCAUUGCACUGACUUACUUCAUGACUUCACAAGCCCAGCUAGAACUUCACUACGGCGUACAAGAACUCGAUGAAGUCGAAGGAGAAGAUUUAACAAUCGUCUGCGAGGCCGAUUUCCGGGAUACAGAUAGUAUACGAGAAAAGAUACAAUGGCUACGAGGAAACCCUGUCGAAAAAAUGGACAUCGUUGCCCAAAGGGAUCGACGAAUCUCGAUCAAUACAGAUAUUACAAGCAAUACAGGGGCUGAAGUGAGAGUGAGGUCAAAUCUCACGAUCUCUGGUCUGGUUCUAGGAGAUUCAAGCAACUAUACUUGUUGUAAGAGGGAUUCUUACAAUUGUAUAUCAUGGGAUACUCGAAAACAUAGGCAGCUACAAGUGGAAAUUCACCCAAAACCACAUGUUAAAGUUUCACAAGUUUCAGAUUUGGACUCAGCAUCUACCAAAUCCAGCCCACCGAUUUCCACAGUUGAAACGCUCCUCGCAUCUACUGUCUCUACAACUGUUUCCGAUGAAAUUUAUAUCCCAACGAACAUGACGAAACCUGAUAACGAAGCACUCCGUCAAAAUUCUCGAGCCGUCUACACUAUAGGUCUUCCAUGCGCCAUCGCGUUCAUCUUGAUGAUCGUUGUUAUCGCUAUCGCCCGAUAUCACUGGAGGAGGAAGCAUUUCAUGCAUGUGGAGACUCCCGUCGAGAGCUUCGAAGAAGCGGUCUAGUCAAAUCUGACUAACGACGAACUCACAAAGGUCUGAUGCACCAGAAAUAUCACAAUAUCAUCAUUGGUAUAAGAGUCGUUUUUUGUUUUGUAGUUUCUUUUGUGCUGGAUUUUUUUUUUGUAAUGGCCGGUACGCAAUGUGGGGAGAGUGUCACGAGAAUGGUUGCUCUCAGCCAAUUAGAUGCAAGGAUUUCAGUAGCUUAUAACAUGUUGGUUGGUGUAAAAUCACUGACCGCGAGACCUUCCCUGUUCUAUCAGAGAAUUUUAUGCUAAUUUAAUGAUGGGGAAUCGUGAUUAGAAAUUUAUGCAAAAAGUGAUAUUCUGUUGAUUGGUAUUUUUCUUACAACAAUCAAAAUGAAGUGGUUAUUAGUUUUAACGCAGAACUCAGUUAUACAUGCAAUUUUCUUUAAAGGUGCUAUUGCUUAAUUUGAUUAUUCUUAUACAACAAAAAUAUAAAGAAAAUCCCGAACAAGUACCCUCGUUUAAGAUCAUAUGCAAAAGGUGCAUGCUGGGCGAUGUUUACCAAUUCCAGGCACGUCCUCAUACCUGACUACAAUGCCUCUUUGGGAAUUUCUUUGUUCUUAAAAGACACACUCUUAAAACAAAUCAGUCAAAUUGACUAGACCAGUAGUCAGCUGGGAGCAACUGAUAUGAUAAUCACUGAUAUUCACAUUUCUGACAUAUAUUCUAGUCAGAAAUGACUCUGUUUUAGUAAGACAUGACUAGAAAAUAGUCAAAUAUGACUAGAAUAACAGUUGCACACAGCUGACCCUAUUAACUAGUCAUUUUUGACUGAUUUGUUUUUAGAGUGCAACUACCUCCUUCGAUGCCUCUCUGCUCCUUUGAUGAUACAUAUUUGAGGAUUGACAGGAGAUUUCUUUUUAAAAAUUAAUAUCUGACAUUAAGAUCACCAG